CUCUGCAAAAAAAUAAUUGUAAUGAGCAGUAAGCUCGAUGAUCGUUUGCCGGGUGGUAGUCGUUCUCUUCUUUUUCUAGUCAACUUAAAGUCGACUUUAAGCCAACUAUUUCCAGAAUGGGUUUUGUUGACAUUAACUGUUGACUAUAAGUCGACUUAGAGGCAACCACAUUUCCAAGAAUUAAUAGCCGUCUUUCUUAUUAUAUGUCCAAUCGGAAAUAAUAUAUAUUUUACGUGAAUAAUCAAAUUCAUUAAUCUAUACUUAAGAAAAUAUCCAUACAGCAUUAAAGCUUGCAGCAACAUUGCUCUAUAUAACAUUGCAUCACUGUAUAUUGCAGUGUAAUGUUGCAGAAAUAUGCUUUUUCCAAAAAGCAGAACUCUUAUUGGAUAUCGUCUAUCGCUAUCGCUAUUGCCUCGCAUUGUACAAGGGUCUUUAUUCUUUUGAAGAGACCUUAUGAAAAAAACGGUAUGCAAAAAGUAUGCAGAUUAUGUCUUCAACCGGCGCAACGCGAUGUGACACCCUUAUUUGAUGAUGUUAACGACGACGAAUGUCAACGAUUGAGAUUACAGAUUGCGGAUUUGUGUUCCAUUAUCAUUUUACAAAAUGAUAACUUGCCUAAGUUCAUAUGUUGUAAAUGCAAUAUCAGAUUACGGGACGCUCACGAGUUUGUAAAUCUUUGUAAAAAUUCCAACGAUAAACUGCAUGAAUAUUAUGAAAAGAAUCAUUGCCAAAUUAUAAAAGUAAUAAAAGAAAAAGGGCAAAAGUCAAAAGGAAGAGAACAUAAAUAUGCUGGCAAAUCUUUAAGAUUUACAAGAAAAUCUUUAAAGGCAUAUUCAGAAAUUGCUGUAAGCUCAAAAAUGUACAACACUGCGUUAUCUCAGAGCACACUUAAUGUAGAGAUAAACUCAGAGCCUGAUAAUAACGAUGAGAGCGAUCUUGAUUUUAAGAUCCGAGAAACGUCUUCAAACGAACCUGUUAUAUUAAAUAAAAAUGUUCGCUGUAAUGAAUUGUCAGGUAACAAUAAAAAACAGUAUCUUUGCGAUGUCUGCAGUAAAACCUUCGUCUCGAAGUCCGGAUUACGGUUGCAUCUUAAGUCGCAUUAUGGCAUCAAACCAUACACUUGUCAAUACUGUGACAAGAGCUUCGCUAUUCCGAGUUACAAGAAGAGACACGAGAAAAUACAUACGGGCGAUAAGCAUUUUGUUUGUCACAUCUGUAGCACUACUUUCGCGUCCUCGAACGGGUUAAAGUAUCAUUUAAAAGCUCACACAGGGGAAGCAAAUUAUCAUUGCGACACUUGCGGCAAGUCCUUUGUUCGAUACAAGUACUUAAAAGACCAUAUCUUUACGCACACCGGAGAAAAGCCAUACAUCUGUAAAAUAUGUGAUUCCGCUUACGGCAAUUCCGGCAGCCUGUUUGUGCACGAGAAGAAAUGCAAAUUGCAGCGCGUUCUCGAUUCCGAGCGGACGCCUUGAAAAUGGUUUCAGUGACAAUAAUGGUUUGAUGUAACUCGUGCAUUAAAAUUUCGUAUACAUAUAUCUUGUAAUUAAUAAUCUAAUGUCCUGUUGAUAUGGUUCUUUAUAGUUUUAUAAGCAAUAUAAGAAAAAACUGAGAGAGAUAUUAUCUCUAAGAGUAUCAUAAAAUUCAUUCCAAAUUAUACAUUUUCUAAUCUAAUACAAAUGUUUUUUUAUGUGUAAUUGCAAAAAAAUUUCCUCUUAAUUGCGCAAUGAGUUUUUUUUUCAAAUAUGAAUUCAACAUAUAUAAUAAUAUGUCUGUGCGCAAAUAGAAAGCCCGAAUUCUGCGUAUGAAAAUGCAAAAGGGAUAUAUCAGACUUUUUAUGGACUUGAAAAGGUUCCGCCUCUAACAGCUGACGUCUCUCUUCAAUAGUGGCAACGCUAGACAGGGUCAUCAACAAUUUUGCUUUCGUUGCACUGACAUCUCGGAAGACGCGACCGCCAUCCAUUCAUUAGUGGUCGAUUGGAACCACGUCAGGCCCAAAGAAUAUCUCCCAUUGAGAUUGGCGUGUUGACAAUGACUAAACCACCAUCCACC